AUGCGUCGCGCGACCGGCUGCCCGCUGAGCCAGAUCUGCAUCCCCCCUCCGGCAGUGCUGGUGAGGAGCUUCCCGGUGAGAUCCAGCCUGGAUCCCUGCAGCACCACCAGCAGCUUCCAGGGCUUCUCCCAGUGUGGGAGCCCCUGCUGCUACCCUGGCACCACCACCUACGUCAACCUGGGCGGUCUGGGUGCGGCCCAGGCAGCCUGUGGGCUCGCGGCCACCUCGUGCGUCCCCUCGUGCUGCCAGGGGGUGGCCGGGUGCACCACGAGGUGCGGGAACCCCCGCUGCUGCUGCUGCUGCCGCGUCACCGAGUGCAGCACCACGCGCCGGGAUUGCGGCCAGGAGGUCACCACGUGCGCCACAGCCACGUGUCAGGAUCCGUGUUGUCAGGAGGUCACCAAGUGCACAACCACGUGCCAGGAUCCGUGUUGUCAAGAGGUCACCAAGUGCACCACAACGUGUCAGGAUCCGUGCUGCCAGGAGGUCACCAAGUGUGUCACUACAUGUCAGGAUCCGUGUUGUCAGGAGGUCACCAAGUGCGCAACAACGUGCCAGGAUCCAUGCUGCAAGGAGGUCACCACUUGUGUCACCACGUGCCAGGAUCCGUGUCGCAAGGAGGUCACCAAGUGCACCACAACGUGCCAAGAUCCCUGCUGCCAGGAGGUCACCAAGUGCACAACCACAUGUCAGGAUCCGUGUUGUAAGGAGGUCACCAAGUGCACUAGGACAUGUGUGGAUCCGUGCUGCAAGGAGGUCACCAAAUGUGCCACCACGUGUCAAGAUCCCUGCUGCAAGGACGUCACCACGUGUGUCACCACGUGCCAAGAUCCCUGCUGCAAGGAGGUCACCACGUGUGUCACCACGUGCCAGGAUCCGUGUCGCAAGGAGGUCACCAAGUGCACCAGGACAUGUGUGGACCCAUGCUGCCAGGAGGUCACCAAGUGUGUCACCACAACAUGCCAAGAUCCCUGCUGCAAGGAGGUCACCACAUGUGUCACCAGGUGCCAAGAUCCGUGUUGCAAAGAAGUGACUAAGUGCACUAGGACAUGUGUGGAUCCGUGCUGCCAGGAGGUCACCAAAUGUGCCACCACGUGUCAAGAUCCCUGCUGCAAGGAGGUCACCACAUGUGUCACCACAUGCCAGGAUCCCUGUUGUAAGGAAGUGACCAAAUGUGUCACCACGUGCCAAGAUCCAUGUUGCAAAGAAGUGACCAAGUGCACCAGGACAUGUGUUGAUCCCUGCUGCCAGGAGGUCACCAAAUGUGUCACCACGUGCCAGGAUCCCUGCUGCAAGGAGGUGACCACGUGCACCACGUGUGUGGACCCCUGCUGCCAGGAUGUCACCAAGUGUGUCACCACGUGUGUGGACCCGUGUGGCAAGAAAGCCACCAGGGGCCUCACGCCGUGUUACGAUCCCUGCUGCAAGAAGUGCCGCGGCGGCGUCCAGGUCGUCACCAGGUGCGCCGACUCCUGCGCCACCACCUGCGUCACCCAGACCUGCCCGGUGUGUGGCCAGCGCUGCUCCGUGUCCUGCUGCCCGAAAUUCUGCUGA